UAAGCAGUUUUCCAGAUAAAACAGGUUCCUCUCCUUUGUCCGGUCAUUCGUUCGCUCCAUUGCCCUUCCCCCAAUGAUUUCUUUGCCAAUGGAGUCGCUCUAUGGAAUUUCUAGGCUGAAGGAAUUCAGCGUUGGGAGAAUAAGAGAUGGAAAUCGCCGGAGGAAAUGUAGGCUUAAUACCGUUGUUUCCGUGGCGAGCACUACAACUUCCAGGAAGCAAGACAGCACCUUUCCAAGCACUGAAAGAACCAAAGAUGGUGAUAUUUCUCUUACCUACCCUCCAAAAGUUUCUCAUAACAGUACAGCUCCCUUAGUAGAUGCACUGAGAACCUCUGCCAUGGAAGAUGUUGCUUGUUUCCAUUUUCCAGGACACAACAGAGGGAAAGCAGCUCCUCCAUCUUUAGCAACCAUUAUUGGCACAUCUACUUUUUUACAUGAUCUCCCCGAGCUUCCGGAGCUCGAUGAUCUCUUCUCGCCAAAGGGCGUAAUUCUUGAUGCUCAGAGAAAAGCUGCAGAACUCUUUGGCGCAUCAGAGACAUGGUUCCUUGUUGGAGGCACCACUUGCGGCAUCCAAGCCUCGAUCAUGGCUACAUGUACGCCUGGCCAGACGCUCAUUCUUCAUCGAAACUCCCACAUCUCAGCCAUGGCUGGUCUGAUUUUGUCCGGUGCUUCUCCCAAGUACAUUAUGCCGGAAUACAGUUCUGAUUGGGAUAUACCUGGUGGAAUAACUCCAUCUCAGGUAGAGCAAGCAAUAAAGGAUUUGGAAUCUGAAAGCAAAACUGCUGCUGCCGUGCUAAUCACUUCACCUACUUAUCAUGGCAUAUGCAGCAAUGUAAGUGGGAUUACGAGUCUCUGUCACUCUUAUGGUAUUCCGGUUAUCGUUGACGAAGCUCAUGGCGCUCAUUUUGAUUUUCACUCCAAUUUUCCAAGCACUGCGCUCCAGCAAGGAGCUGAUCUAGCUGUGCAUUCUACCCACAAAGUGUUAACAUCUCUAACACAGUCAUCGAUGCUACACUCGUCAGGAAACCUUAUAGACCGGGAUUUGAUCAGCAGGUGCCUUCAAAUGCUGCAGAGCUCCAGCCCAAACUACCUUUUGCUGGCAUCCUUGGAUGCCGCCCGAGCUCAACUUAGCGAAAAUCCAAAUACAAUUUUCAACUCAGCCAUGGAUUUAGCUAUCAAAGCCAAGAAUGAACUGAGAAAGAUCUCUGGCAUCUCAGUUCUCGACUUAUCAUGCUUCUCCUCCAUCUUUCCUGCGAUCGACCCGCUUCGAAUCACAGUAGGAGUUUCGAAACUUGGAAUCUCUGGCUACAGAGCAGAUGAUAUACUGUCUAAUGAAUCGAAAAUCACAUCUGAAUUGGUAGGCUGCAAGUCUAUAACUUUUGCUGUCAAUCUUGGGACGACAGAGGAGCAGAUUCAGACGCUUGUAUCUGGAAUGAGGCAUCUUUCAUCAGUUUUCUAUGGAGCAAAGGGAUCAAAGUGCGGCAGGAAAAGUAGUAUUUCUUCACCAUUCACUGAUAUUAUUCUUGGACUGUCUCCCAGAGAGGCUUUCUUUGCUAAGAAGAGGAAGGUAGCCAUGAAAGAGAGCAUUGGUAUGAUAUGUGUUCUUGUUCCUGGUGAGAUUGUAUCAAAGGAAGCUUUAUCCUAUCUGCUGGAAGUGAAGAAGUUGGGUGCUGAUAUCAGUGGAGCAGCGGAUCAUGAACUGGCUUCUUUGAUUGUAUGUGAUUCAUGAUGUUUUUUUUUUUAAAAUUUAUUCUAUGAACAUUUCUGAAGAUUUCUUACAAAUCUAAUUACUUUAAUCAGUGUUGUAUUAAGCCUUCUCUAAUUUAGAAAUUUGGAGGGCUCAUUGUUAGGUUGUAAUGCUAUUCUUGGUGCUAAGGUUAAACAUUAGAGCCUCAUUUGGUUGCUUGUAGAUGGAAA